UCAUAACCAUGUUUUAACUUGUAGAAAACAUUGCAAUUGUUGCAGACAUUUGAGAAAUUUUUGUUGUACCACACAAAGUGAAAAUGACGGCUGUUUUAAAAAAGCGAGCUCUUGCUGAAUAUAUUAUGUCUUCUCAAGAGCAGCCAAAAAAACCAGCAAAGCGUUUCCGAAGUAUGAAGAAAACAUCCAGUCUCACUGAACAUGAUUUAGAUGUAUUGAAAAAUUCAUCAUCUGGUGAAUCAUUAUCAUUCUUACUUCAAAUUGAGGAGCUUUUGAAAGGCGAAGUGGAGACCGUACCAUUGUACAACACUUUGCUCGAUCACUUUCUAAAAGAACCAGAGGCAGCAGUUAGGGUAAAAUUAAUCAGCAUCCUCUCUCAAAUGGUGCAAGGAAACUUAAUUGAAGUCUGUAAGCUGUUUGAUGACUUGCAACCUCUUCUGAAAGGAGAAACGUCCCAUAAAGUUAUUGCAGUCUUCCUCUCCACCUUUCACCAAACCAAGAAACUUGAGACAGAUGACAAAUUUCAUCUUCAUAUUUUUCAACUGGCUAAAAAAUACUUGAAUGAUCACAGUCAUGAAGUGAAAUGUGCUGCAUUAUCUGUAAUAGCUGAUUUUAUUGCCUUGGAUGACAAAUCAGAGUCUUUUCAAAAGACUUUGCAUUUGCUGGCUGAAUACUCUCAUGAUCAUGAACCUAGAGUGCGUACGGAGGCUUUAAAUGCUCUUUUUCACCUUCAUGAAAGAGGUUUGAAACUUGAAUCUGCUCUUUAUGAAAUAGUUUGUGAAGCACUCACUGAUGAUUAUGAAUGUGUCAGAAUGGCAGCACUUAAACUUAUUGAUGUUAUCAGUCAUUUACAUUUUGAAAAGUUGGUUUCCAUAAGCCCUGAAGAGCAAAUUAGAUUGGCUGAUGAUGCAUUUGCUCGAAUCUGUAAAAUGAUUACUGAUCCAUCUACAAAUGUUCGAGUGCUUGCUGCUUCACUUUUGGGAGGCUUUACAGAUGUGAGCUUGGAAUUCCUCAAUCAAACUCUUGACAAAAAGUUAAUGUCAACAUUAAGGAAAAAGAAGUCUGGCUAUGAAGGUCAUAAAGAAAAUGAUUCUGAAUGGUCGACUGGCAAAAAGCUGCAGACUGAAGCUCCCAAGGAAGAAGUGGAAGAUGAUAAUGUUAGCUUAAUGAGUUCUGGUGCUUGUGGAGCCUUUGUUCAUGGCUUUGAAGAUGAAUUACAAGAAGUUCGAACUGCAACCCUUGAUUCGUUUUGCAAACUUGCCACUCAUUUUCCAUCAUUCGCAACCAUCUCAUUAGAUUUUCUUGUUGAUAUGUUUAAUGAUGAAACUGAGGAAGUAUGCUUGAAAGCAAUCCAUUGUUUGCAAGAAAUCAGUCUUCAUAUCAUGCUCAGAGAGGAUCAGUUAAAAACAAUUUUAGUGGUUUUAGAGGAUUUUUCAAUGGAUUUAAGAGAAGCCUUGCAUGCUAUGCUGGCAGCUUGUCGCCUGACAACAAAAGAGUGUUUAAAAUUUUGUGUUGACAGCCUUUUGAAAAACUUGAUGCGCUAUCCUCAAGACAAGCGCUCUAUUUGGAAAUGUCUGCAAAAACUAGGCGAAAGACACCCUUACUUAACGUUACCUUUAGUUCCUGAGUUGUUGAGCAUUCAUCCUUUUAUUGAUAUGACUGAACAAAAUGUUGAAGAUCCAGCUUAUAUUUGCAAUUUGAUACUUGUCUUCAAUGCUGCUGUGAACUGUCCAGUUAUGAUGUCUUUGUUUGAUGAAUACACUCAGAAACAUUACUCCUAUUUAAAAGAUACUUUACCUCAUCUAGUACCUCAGCUUAAGUUGAGAAGUGUGACAAUAGUUCCUGUGAAAGUGGAAUCAUCCGAUGAACACUCCCGGAAAUUUUUGAAUCAAGUGUUAGAGAGAGUAGCAGCUGCCGAACAUCGAAAUCCUAAAGCUCGGCAAAGCAUAUUAGAGACUUCUAUUCAGGAUUUGAAGCAACUAUCUGCAAUUGAGCCAAAACUGUCUGCUGCUGCAAACUGUGCAGCAAUGUAUAUUCAGUGCCAGUUAGUUUUAGCAAAAAUUAUUUCCAAUAAAAAUUGGUUAAAUCCGUCUUUGCUAUCACCAUUGCAAAGCAGUGCCUUGAAAUCAUCACUUGAACAGUUUUUGCAACUGUCAUUUUGCUUGAGCCAUCAAUUUCUGGGUCUCAAUAGUGAAGAGAUAAUUUGUCUAAGACAACUUAGAUUGAGAGCUUUAUCCCUACAACUGAUGGUGUUGAUCAGAGGUAGCAAUACCUCUGCAUUAGGGCCCUGUGAAGCUUUUUUGGAACAAGUUGAUUCUUUACAAAGGUUCCAGGAAGAACAAGAACUCCAUCCAGAUAGUUUUACAACUGCAUUAUUCAGAGAUUUGGAUUUGCUUGAAGAUCCUAAACCUGGAACUGUUGCUAGAGUUCUCCAGCCUUUGUUACAAUCUUGUCCUUGCCCAUCAUUGCGCUUAAAUGUGGACUCUUGUGGUGGGCUGGAAAGAGUGAAGCAAGCAAGUGCAAUUAUACAUGAACCAGCAGCAGAUUCUGAAAAUGUUCAUAAGUUUACAGCAGGACUAGUUUUGGGAAUAACGAUGGAUGCAGAAAUAGAAAAUGUUGAAAAUGUGAAAAAUGUUAAAGUGAAGGUAAAAUAUCCUGAUCAGCAAGUCCAGUUAAUUCUACCAAGACUGGCAGAUUUUAGAUUGCAAGGUAAUUUGCAAUAUCGCUUAUACACUUCUGUCUUGCUUUCACACAGUGUUUGGUCAGAGGCCUGCCAUGUUGAAAUGAGUCUUGUGCUAGAUUUUAGCGAUACUGAAACCAGUGCAAGAAACAGCCAGAAAAAUACCUGGUGGUUCAAAGCUGAAGACAGUACUAUUGAACUGUGCAAGCCUGUUAAAGUAAACAUUUCUCCAAAGCCAGCAAAAAAAGGGUUUUAA